UUUUUUAUCAACAUUCUCCGUACGCUUAAUUGAGAUAAAGAACAGAAAACAGAAAUUAAUUGAGAAUUGCAAGUCUUUUUAUCCAGUUGUGGAAUAUCAGAUGACAUUGGCAUAAUGAUCAUUUCCCCAUCAGGCCCUUCAGCAAUAUUGAAUUGUCUUUUAAAGACUAAAGGAACAUGUUAUAGAAACCAGAUGUAAUACUGUUUCUAUAACUCUAUGUGGAAUUACAGAGGUGAACAGCGACAUUUCUCUACUUCACUGUCUGGAUUGUGUGAAUUUCCAGCUUCCUCAGAUGGCAGUGAAGAUCACAGUUGAUGGAAAUAUAACAGUAGGAAAUACUUGUCACAAAUAUAAUAUAAAAGCAAAAACAUGAAAACUGUGUAUAUAUUGUGGUGAAGGUAAAAAAAGAUAAGAAAAAAUUAAUGUGAAGGACUUAAAAGGUUUAUUUUAGUUGAAGAGAUGCUGAAAGUGAUAGAAAAAUCACCAUAUGUCUGUGACAUUUGUAAUAAGUCUUUCUCUCGAAAAGGGAACUUAAUUAUUCAUAAGCGUAUUCAUACAGGAGAGAAACCAUAUCACUGUGACAUUUGUGGUGUAUCAUUCUCUCAAAAUCAUCAUUUAAAAAGUCAUAAAUCCAUUCAUACAGGAGAGAAGCCAUAUCAUUGCAAUAUUUGUGGUAAAUCAUUCUCUCAAAGUAGUGAAUUAACUAAACACAAACAUAUUCAUACAGGAGACAAUCCAUAUCAUUGUGACAUUUGUGGUAAAUCAUUUGCCCGGAGUGAUAUAUUGAUCACACACAAACAAAUCCACACAGGAGAGAAGCCAUAUCGCUGUGAUAUUUGUGAUAAAUUAUUCUCCCAAAAUGCUAAUCUCAAUACUCACAAACGAAUUCAUACUGGAGAGAAGCCAUACCAGUGUAAUAUUUGUGGGGAGUCAUUCUCUCAAAAUUAUCACUUGACAACUCACAUUUACAUUGAUACAUGGGAAAAACCAAAUCACUGUGACAUUUGUGAAAUCCACACAGGAGAGAAGCCAUAUCGCUGUGAUAUUUGUGAUAAAUCAUUCUCCCAAAAUGCUAAUCUCAAUACUCACAAACGAAUUCAUACUGGAGAGAAGCCAUACCAGUGUGAUAUUUGUGGUGAAUCAUUUUCCCAGAAUCAUCACUUGACAACUCACAAAUACAUUCAUACAGGGGAAAAACCAAAUCACUGUGACAUCUGUGGCAAAUCAUUCUCGUUAAAGCAUCAUUUAACUAAACAUAAACUUUGUCACACUGGAGAGAGACCAUAUCGCUGUGAUAUCUGUGGUAAAUCAUUCACUGAAAAUGGUGUUUUGACUAAGCACAAACGCAUUCAUACUGGAGAGAAACCAUAUCAUUGUGAUAUAUGUGGUGAUUCAUUCUCACAAAAUGGUUUUUUAACUAGACACAAACGUAUUCACACUGGAGACAAACCAUUUCAUUGUGAUAUUUGUGGCAAAUCAUUCUCUGAAAUUGGUCACUUAACAAAACACAAACGCAUUCACACCGGUGAGAAGCCUUACCAUUGCAAUGUCUGCAGUAAAUCAUUCUCUCAGAGUUGUAACUUAACUACUCACAAACGCAUUCAUACGGGAGAGAAACCAUACCAUUGUGAUAUCUGUGGUAAAUCCUUCUCUGAAAAUGGUCAUUUAACUAAACACCAGCGCAUCCAUACAGGAGAGAAACCAUAUCAUUGUGACAUCUGUGGUAAAUCAUUUUCCGAAACUGGACACUUAACUAAACAUAAGUAUGUCCAUACAGGAGAGAAGCCAUAUCACUGUGAUGUCUGUGAUAAAUCGUUCUCUCAAAGUGGUGAUUUAACUACUCACAAACGUAUUCAUACUGGAGAGAAACCAUAUCAGUGUGAUAUUUGUGGUAAAUCAUUCUCUCGAAAUGAUAACUUAACUCAGCAUAAACAUAUACAUACAAAAGUGAAACCAUAUCAUUGCAAUGUCUGUGGCAAAUCAUACUUUCAAAAAAAUUACUUAACUAAGCAUAUAUGUUUGCAUAUAAAACAGUAAUUGUCUUAAUCCUUUAGCAUUUCAUCUGGCCAUAUCCAGCCCAAUUAUUCUACCUCUUGUAUGUUAAAACUGACCAGCUCCAACCUCUCAUACCUACCCUACAAUGUAAUUCUAAAAAUAUACAAACAUACCAUAGAAAUCUUGAAGCUAGAAGAUAGAGCAUGAUCAAUUCAAAGCAAUGUGAAUAAAUAAGCAUUACAUUUGACAGAG